UAUAACUGAACCAAAACACAGAUGGGUGUAGCUUGGUUAUUCCUGGGCCUUUGUAUUUGGUCCAAACAGUCCUACGGAGCUUCAGUUCUUGACUUAGCAGAGCUCGUUUCUGAGUAUGAAGAUGAGAUAUUGGGCCGAGCAGUGGGAUUCACUCACCAGGAUCCAGAACCACAGGUACAGAAUGGAGGAGAGGUUGGACAUCCGGAGGAAGUACAUAACUGGGAUACUCAGCUAGAACUAGGACAGGUGGCGGGGGUCACAACGGAUUUAAAUGACGACCCUGUAGUAUUCCACCGAGGUCCAGUAGUUUGGGACAUGAACUCCUUCACCCCGGACAACAAGCUGUCCGGCCAGGACCAGCCGCCUAUACCUGUAGAUACCAUCCUUACUAUAGACCAGUUCACUGGGAAGGUGAAGAGUGGAAAGGGAGCAAAUCUGUUCUAUAUGCCUCAUGGUAUAUAUAUUGAUCAAGACAGGAAUACCUGGGUCACAGAUGUUGGUCUUCAUCAGGUGAUGAUGUUUCCUCCAGAUUCUGAUGUUCCAUCUUUAGUCCUUGGUGAGAGGUUUGUCCCUGGGUCGGAUAAACAACAUUUCUGUAAACCUGCCGCCGUUGCAGUCUCUAAAUCUGGAAACGUUUAUGUGGCAGAUGGAUAUUGUAAUCAGAGAAUAGUUGUGUUUGAUAUCAAAGGAAGAUAUCUAACUGAGAUUAAGGGGGACUGGACAAUCGUUCACAGCAUUGUUCUAUUUGAGGAAGAGGAUACAGUUUGUGUAGCGGACAGGGAAGGGGAGAAGAUAUCUUGUGUUGGAGCAGGGCUAAACCAUCCUCAGUUUAUGGGAGCUAGAAUACUGGAUAUACCAAACCUAGGACGGGUUUAUGGAAUAGCUGGGCGUGGGACUGCGCUGGUAGGUGUGACCGGUCAAGGGUCUACUCCACCUCAUGGUAUUACCAUAGAUCUAGCAGAUGAGGGGAGAGUUGUCGAUACUUGGGGAUCAGAGCUGCAGAACCCGCAUCUAAUGGCGGUGUCCAGGGAGGGGGACACCAUCUACGUCACCGAGAUCGGUCCCAACAGAGUCAGAAAGUUCGACGUUGUCGCUCCUCAAGACAACAUCUUCAACCAAGAAAUGUAAUAAAAAAAUAAAAACUUCAGAAUUA